CAUUAGCUAGUAUAUAAGAGCGUUGCAUCCCUCUCUACCUCUCUCACACACAUACAGUGUGUUUGCUGGGAAGGGGAUAGUCCAGGGGAAACUAGGGAUUACAUUGUCUACCUGCCUGUGAAGGAAUUAUUUUUCUCUCUGGAAUUUCCAUUAAAGAGAUCUUGGAACAGCAUCUUAAAGGGAGACGUAGCACUUCUGGCCAAAAUUCUUCCCCAUCAUCAAAUCCUUAAAAAACAUAUCAAUAUCACCUGAUCUGCAACAUAUUUUCCGGGCCAUCGGGAUCAUCACUUGCCAGCACCACAGAACGCGUUUGACAUCAUCGAGGAGACCAUGAGCAGCAACUACAGCGCCACUCUCUUAGGCCCUGCCCCCUGGGGCUUCAGGCUGCAGGGAGGGAAGGACUUCAACAUGCCCCUCACCAUCUCCAGGCUGACAGAUGGUGGGAAGGCCGCUAAAGGUGGUAUUGCUGUUGGAGACAUGGUUCUGUCUAUUGACGGCAUCUCCACAGAUGGCAUGAACCACCUGGAGGCCCAGAACAAGAUCAAGAGCUGCACUGGAAACCUCAGCCUCACCCUGCAGAAGGCCUCCAGUGUUCCCAAACCUCCCCCCGUGGCACCAAAGACUUCAGCACAUCCUCCAGUCACAAAUGGACCUCAAAGUAUUUUGAAAAAACCCCCACCGCCAAGAGUUCCCAGGAAACACAUCGUAGACACAGACAUCCAUUUUUACCAUGUGCCCACUCAUGCUGAUGCCAGCAGGAAGCGCAUAAUGGAGGACACAGAGGACUGGCGCCCACGCAGUGGCACCACCCAGUCCAGAUCAUUCAAGAUUCUGGCUCAGAUCACUGGCACUGAGAAUGCUCAAGAAGAGGAAGCUGACGCAGCCAAGAAGGCAAAAGCGAACAAGACCACCACUCGGUUGAUAAUUGGCCCUAAGUACAACGAGCUGAGAGACUGGCACCACGGAGUGUCCGCUCGCACCCUCAAUGUCGAGUAGACUGUGUGUGUGUAUGUGUGUGUGUCUUGUUGGUAUAACUGUCUGCCUGUGUAUGUGUGCAGUAUAUCAGCUUGACUUCUGUAGGUGGUUGUUUAUUAACUUAAAUGUUGAAGGCUUGUGGACUAAUGAGAAUAAAGGUAAUAAAGCAAAGAAUGCUGGAAUGAGAGCCUGCAAAGGAACUGCUGGAGUCUCUCUGUGUCUGUGUGUGUGUGUGUGUGUGUGUGUGUGUGUGUGUGUUUGCUUGUCGUCCACUGUUAUGUGCCUGCACUGUGCUGGCCUCAUUCAGACCUUUAAACCUUUAAUUAAGUGCUGCUUAUGUGCUCGGCCACUCCACUGAUUCCAGCCCUAAAGGUAAACUUUAGAUGCGUAGUGUUUAAAAAAAAACGCCAAAACAUUAAAUUGGAUGCUUAGGAUGAAGCAUUGAGCCAGAAAACCUACAGGAAAACAUUCAAUUUGUUUCCAGCGGAGUCCUUGUGUGGAAGACAAGUAAUGUAGAGUUUUUAUUAAAAGUCUAAAAUGCUGAAGGAUCUAAUAGUAGUCUGAACAAGUUCAAAUAUGCAGCUGUCUAUCUGCAUCUCUGACUUUUUUACUCCACUGCAGCACAUAAAAUGCAAAAACUAUGUUCAUUCUUAAACACUGAACAACAUGAUGAUACAAAGAAAACAAAAUUAGCAUUUUCAGUAUAAAUAGACAAACCUUGCACCCCAUUGUGGAAGUCUACAAUAAAGCUAAUUAGAAAGAAAUAUUCAAAAUGUGUACUACAAACAUCCGUCACUCACUUCAGUGUCUUCUGGACCACUGUAAUUUGGAUGGUGGCAAAAGGAGAAGUUGCAUCAUUUGGAAGAAGGAAAAUAGAAAAUCUGCCCUUCCUUUUUGUGAGAGUGCACCCAAUGUUCCUUUAUAUUAUAUAUUACUAUUGUAUAACUAUAUAUUACAGAAGAUACUGCAGCUCUAUUUAAAAAGCUUUAAUGGCUUGUUUACAUCUGUUGUAUCUGCUAGCAUUGGAACUAUUUUAUGAACACACUGUCUUGAGAUAUGGUAGCAUCUGAAAAAUAGGAAGCGAUUUCAACUUGUCAAGCAUGUACAGUAUGUACAAUAUAUAUUAUUAAAUAGUGUAUAUGCUAUGCUGCUGGAAUGUAACUGUCUAGAUUGGGGCUGUAAGACAUAUGUAUGGUUUAAGGUAUUAUGCAAGUAAGGAAUGUUCUUUUCAGUGAGCAGGUUGUUUAGCGUUGAUGGUGAGCAAAGUAAUUGUAUAAAUGCUAUAAAUGGCUUAUAAUGCAAAGGUAAUAUUUGCAAAUGUAAAAUAUUUCUCUAGUGCCUUUACAUUUAUUUCAUCUGUAUGUUUACUGCAGAUUAUGCUAACUUUGAUAGGGUUGCAUUUUGAAAAUAGCCCCUUAUGUAGUGGCUGAAAAUUUAUUUUCUGUGUUUUGAGUUUGAAAAAACUAUUAUUCUAUAUUGUAGCUAAUAAAGUGCUGUUUUUUCUUGUU